AUGCAUUCAUCUCUACGUAAACGUCUAAUUGAACGAUCUGGUUCAAUUUCUCCAACAUCUUCAUGUCCAUCAACGCCACCACUUUCAAAAAUAUGGUUUCAACCACCAACAAUUGAUUUAUGUAUUAUGAAUAUUGAACAUCGUGAAAAAGUAUUUGAACUUGUUACAAAUACUUUUUUUCGUGAUGAACCUUUAAAUAAAUGUCUUGCAUUUGAUCUUCCAUACGAAGCAGCUGAAUUUACUGAACUUGUUAUAUCAAUAGCUUUAGAAGAUCAAUGUUCAUUUGUAGCUAUUGAUAUUCAAACACAAAAAAUUAUUGGUGUUAUUUUAAAUUUAAUAAAACAUCGUUUAUCUUCAACAACAACAAAUAAUAAUCAAGACAAAUUUGAUGUAAAUAAUUUUCAAUCAGAAAAAUUACGUUUUAUCUUAGGUGUACUUAAACAUGUUCAUGGUACAACAGAUUUAUUUGAAGAAAUGAAUACAGAUCAUUUAUUACAUGUUGUUAUUAUUGCUAUUGAUGCACAUUAUCGUGGAUUAAGACUAACAGAAAAAUUAAUUCAUGCAAGUUUAGAACGUGCAAAAAAUGUAUUGAAUAUAAAAGGUGCAUUUUCAGAAGCUACAAGUCUUUAUUCAUCGAAAGCAUUUCGUAAACAAGGUUUUCAAGUGCAUCAAGAAAUUAUUUAUACGAAAUAUGAUAAUAUUCGUUUAGCUAGCCUAGCUGGAGAACAUGAUCGAUGUCAAUUAUUAACUAAACAAUUAUAA